GUGAAGUGGAAAGGGAAGGACCUGUUCGAUCUAGUAUGCAGGACACUAGGACUCCGAGAAACCUGGUUCUUCGGGCUUCAGUACACUAUCAAGGAUACGGUGGCUUGGCUCAAAAUGGACAAGAAGGUUCUGGAUCAUGAUGUUCCAACAGAAGAGCCUGUCACCUUUCACUUUCUGGCCAAAUUUUAUCCUGAGAACGCAGAGGAGGAACUGGUCCAGGAAAUCACACAGCACUUGUUCUUCCUGCAGGUGAAGAAGCAGAUUUUGGAUGAGAAGAUCUACUGUCCUCCUGAGGCUUCGGUCCUGCUGGCCUCUUACGCCGUCCAAGCCAAGUACGGCGAUUACGAUCCCAACGUCCACAAGCGAGGCUUCUUGGCGCAAGAAGAGUUGCUUCCGAAGCGGGUAAUAAACCUGUAUCAGAUGACUCCAGAGAUGUGGGAGGAAAGGAUAACAGCCUGGUAUGCAGAGCACCGAGGCAGAGCAAGAGAUGAAGCUGAAAUGGAGUAUUUGAAGAUAGCUCAGGACUUGGAGAUGUAUGGAGUGAACUAUUUUGCGAUUAGGAAUAAAAAGGGCACUGAACUGCUCCUUGGAGUUGACGCCUUGGGUCUUCACAUUUAUGACCCAGACAAUAGGUUGACCCCUAAAAUCUCCUUUCCGUGGAACGAGAUCCGGAAUAUCUCAUACAGCGAUAAAGAGUUUACGAUUAAGCCAUUGGACAAAAAGAUUGAUGUUUUUAAAUUCAAUUCAUCAAAGCUGCGUGUGAAUAAGCUGAUUCUUCAGCUGUGUAUUGGAAACCAUGACCUCUUCAUGAGGAGGAGAAAGGCAGACUCAUUGGAGGUCCAGCAGAUGAAGGCACAGGCCAGGGAGGAGAAAGCCAGGAAGCAGAUGGAACGGCAGCGCCUGGCCCGAGAGAAGCAAAUGAGAGAAGAGGCUGAGAGGACAAGGGAUGAGCUGGAGAGAAGAUUGAUGCAGUUAAAGGAAGAGGCAACGAUGGCCAAUGAAGCUCUGAUGAGGUCUGAAGAGACAGCAGACUUGCUGGCUGAGAAGGCUCAGAUCACGGAGGAGGAGGCCAAGCUCCUGGCUCAGAAAGCAGCUGAGGCUGAACAGGAGAUGCAGCGAAUCAAAGCCACGGCCAUCCGGACGGAGGAGGAGAAGCGGCUGAUGGAACAGAAGGUGCUAGAAGCAGAGAUGUUGGCACUGAAAAUGGCGGAGGAGUCGGAGAGGAGGGCGAAGGAGGCUGAUCAGCUAAAGCAAGACCUUCAGGAGGCUCGCGAGUCUGAGCGGAGAGCAAAGCAGAAGCUUUUGGAGAUCACCAGCAAGUCAUCCUACACACAAUCCAUGAACUCAAGUACGACAGCACUGCCUACCGACCUGCCAAGCUUCAACCUCAUCAGCGAGAGCUUGUCUUUUGACUUCAAGGAUACGGACAUGAAGCGCCUUUCGAUGGAAAUCGAGAAAGAGAAGGUAGAGUACAUGGAGAAAAGCAAGCACCUGCAGGAGCAGCUGAACGAGCUGAAGACAGAAAUCGAGGCACUGAAGCUAAAGGAGAGGGAGACAGCUCUGGAUAUAUUGCACAACGAGAAUGCCAGCCGAGGCAACAGCAAGCACAACACUAUUAAAAAGGUAUCGGAGGGCUCCAGUUUGUAUCUCGCCUGAUGAAAUCCUUUAAAAACAACAAAAUAACCCUUCCGUUUGGUUUAGCUUUUGCACAAGUUGUUAUAAUAAAAUUGUUUGAUCUAG